AUGGACCGCCGCGAGAUCCUGUCGAAGGGCGCCUCCCUCCAGAAGGCCAUCAACGCCAAAGAACCGUCUGAAAACAUCCUGACCAUCCUCCGCGACCUGAAAACCAACGUCAAACCGAGCGAGGAACUUCUCCGGGCGACGGGAAUAGGCAAGAUUGUAAACAAGGUCAAGGGCGUACCGGGUUUAGAUCCAGAAGUCAGCAAGCUCGCCGCAGAAAUCAUCUCCCGCUGGCGUCAUGUCGUCAAUGAACAGAAACUCGCAAGUGGCACAUCUACACCAAUCGCGAACGGCGCGCGCUCCAACGGCACAUCAUCACCAGCACCUCCAGCCAAAUCAGCCUCGCCUACGGGCGUGGCGCCAGACAAGCGAAACUGGAAAGUCGACAAAGUGCCCCGCGAUGACCUUGUCCCGCACGACAAGGCACGAAACAAUUGCAUCGGCUUGAUCUAUGACGGCCUAUGUCUGGGCUCCGACCUCCCCAUGAAAACAAUCCUCGACUUCGCCAAACAGAUUGAAGCCGCGGCGCUAAACCUCCCCGAGGCCAACGGCUCCUCCGCUAGCCCUGUAUACAAAGAGAAGAUUCGCUCUUUAUUCCAGAACCUCAAAAACAAAAGCAAUCCCAAACUCCGAAUACGCAUUCUUACCGGUGAGAUCUCGGCGCAGAGGUUUGUCACAAUGUCUCACGAGGAGAUGAAGUCGCGUCAGCAGAAGGAAAUGGACAACAAGAUCGCCAAGGAGAAUAUGAACAAUGCAAUGGUUGCGCAGGAAGAAAAAUCCGUAAGCACGAGUUUGGAGUGCGGCAAGUGUCAUCAGAAGAAAGUCUCCUAUAGCCAGGCGCAGACUAGGAGUGCGGAUGAGCCGAUGACGACGUUCUGCGAGUGUCUGCACUGUGGCAAUCGAUGGAAAUUUUCUUGA